ACAUUUUCCUGAAAGUGGCGCUUAUAUUGUCAGAUAUUGUUUACUUUCACGUACUUAGAAGGGUCUUUUGUGAAUGGUCAGUGAAUGACUUGGAUGUUGUUUCUGUUGUGGCUACGUUCAUUGGUUAAAGUCAAAGGAAUUGCUCAAAAAUGCCGAGUCAAGAGGUUGUAACUACAAAAGUAGUCGUGCACCCUUUAGUUUUAUUAAGUGUGGUGGAUCAUUUCAAUCGUAUGGGAAAAAUUGGCAAUCAGAAGAGAGUUGUUGGUGUUCUUUUGGGAUGUUGGAGGGCUAAAGGCGUUCUAGACGUGUCAAACAGUUUUGCAGUUCCUUUUGAUGAAGAUGAUAAGGACAAAAGUGUGUGGUUCCUUGAUCAUGAUUAUCUUGAAAACAUGUAUGGAAUGUUUAAAAAGGUCAACGCCCGUGAAAAGGUAGUAGGAUGGUAUCAUACUGGGCCCAAAUUACAUCAAAAUGAUGUUGCGAUUAACGAAUUAAUCAGAAGAUAUUGCCCUAAUUCUGUUUUGGUCAUUAUAGACGCUAAACCCAAAGAUCUUGGUCUUCCAACAGAGGCGUAUCAAGCUGUUGAAGAAGUUCACGAUGAUGGUUCCCCGACAUCUAAGACCUUUGAACACAUUCCUAGUGAAAUCGGUGCAGAGGAAGCAGAAGAAGUGGGUGUAGAACAUUUACUAAGAGAUAUUAAGGACACCACAGUUGGUACCCUUAGUCAAAGAAUUACAAAUCAACUACUAGGUUUAAAAGGUCUUCAUGAACAAAUUAGAGAAAUUAGAGAUUAUUUGCUACAAGUUGGUAAUGGAAAAUUACCUAUUAAUCAUCAGAUUGUUUAUCAACUACAAGAUAUUUUUAAUUUACUGCCCGAUAUGACACAAAGUAGCUUCGUUGAUUCAUUAUACGUGAAAACAAAUGAUCAAAUGUUGGUUGUGUAUCUUGCUGCUCUCGUUAGAUCCAUAGUGGCUUUACACAAUUUGAUCAAUAAUAAACUAACCAAUCGCGACGCUGAGAAAAAAGAAACAGAUAAGAAAGAAGCGAAAAAGGAUGAGAAGAAAGAAGAAGAAAAAAAGGACGAAAAAGAUAAAGCAAAAAAUAAAAGUCAGUGAAUGAAGUGAAACUAAGACUAAUUUGUGUGAUUGAGACUGUUAACAUUGCAGAAGUUCACAAACGUUGCAGAGUUUGUUUAUACAUGUACAAAUGUAUUUUGUGCUUACAAACGAUUGGUAUUUCAAAUUAACACCAAAAUAAAUCGAAUGUUCGAAUGUUAAA